CACUCUUCCUUCUUCUUCCAUUCAAUUGUAUCUGAUGUUUUGAAGACUGCCAUUUUCUUGGCAAGGUUUUGCAGAACUGGCUUUUUUCUCUUGCCACACAAACCUUGAUCUGUCUGCCAUUGCUUCAGUGGCACAUCCGUUACCAAAGGAGGAAUGGUCUGAAGCAAAAGCAUCACUGUAGGCCAAAGAUAUUCUGGCCAACAAUGACAAUUAUAAUUUUUCCAAAUUUAGCGUACCCUUCUUAAUUUCAUUCCACCUGUUAACAUAAUUGUUCUGAAAUAACGUAGAAUCCGUAUUAGUCAUAGUAAUGCUCGUUACUACUCAUACUUUUUCUCAACUUCCCUUUUUGUCUCAAUCUUUAACUAUUUUUCCCACCAAUUCUUUUGCUCUUCCAUCCUUAUCUAUUUUCUCAUUAUUAAUUUUGAAUCCAGCUAAGCACCAACAUCCUUUAAUUUUUCCAUUAAUAUUUCUAUUGCUUCCAAAGGAUUUUCCAGAAUUAUCAAAUCCUGGGCAAAUGCCCAUAAUUCAUGUUUUCCUUUUAAUCCUCACCCCAGAAAUUAUUUUGUCUCAUGUCUCCGUUCAGUUGUUCCAGAGCUGAGGAGAAUAACAAGGGUGAGAAGGGGCAGCUACGUCACUUUUUGUAUCUCACAAGGUUUUGAUAAUUCUCCGUUUGAUCUGUGCACUGGUGAGGUAGUAGACGAGACAAUCAUCUGUUGGCUCAUCCUGUCAGAGAUAUUGCCUUACCUAAAUGGAGAAACAAAAUCACAAAGACACAGUGGGAACAGUUUUAUCUUUUGGUUAAAAACCUAGGUUGAUCUUUUGUGAAUAAAAUCCAGAAAGACCCAUUUUCUUGGACCCUUUUCAGGAUUUCUUGGCCAAAAACAUCCUUAAUAAUGUACAGUCACUAUUCAUUAGUGCUGACCUCCUUUGGAUAUAUAUAUAUAUUUUUAUUGAGUUUUAAACAGAGAUAAAAAGACAAUACAAAAAAUACAAAGACAUUACAAAGACAAACAAGUUCCCACCACCAACCUACCCACACCAAACUUUACAUAUAUGUUUUGAUCAUCAUCAGAAUAUAUAUUGCUUUAUAAGUUAAUAUAUAAGUAAUACAUUGUCAAUUUGGAUGUUUUAGAUUAGAAAUAAUCUUGCAUCUCCUCUUUAUUUGUUUAUUUCCGGUUUUAUUUUUUCUACCCUAUUUUCUUUCAUCUAUAUUUGUACUGAUUUUCUUUUCUAGCCAUUGAUACCACUGGUGCCAUACAAGAUAGAAUUCACUUUCUUCUUUAUCUUGGAGUUCUAGUGUCAGUCUAUCCAUUUCGGCACAUUCUGUUAUCUUCGAGAUUAGUUUGUCUUUGGUUGGGAGUUGAUCUGAUUUCCAAUUUUGCGCAAACAGUAACCGUGCUGCUGUCAAGAUGUGUAUGAUGAGGUAUUUUGUCUCUUUGUUGUGUUGUGUUGUUAUCAUUCCAAAUAAAAAAAAUUCUGGAGUGUUUUCUACUUGUUGGUUUAUUAUUUCUUCAAUAAUUUCCUUUGUGUCCUUCCAGUAUUGUUGGGCCUUUGUACAUUUCCACCAGGCAUGGUAGUAUGUCCCCUUUUUUGUUUUGCACUUCCAACAGCGUGGGGAGGUGUUUGGAUAUAUUUUGGCUAGUCUGGCUGGUGUUAGGUGCCAUCUGUAAAAUAUUUUUAUGAGGUUUUCUUUGUAGGGUAUGGCUCUUGUCAUUUUGAUGUUCUGUUUCCACAAUUUCUCCCAGUUUGCCAGUUGAAUGUUGUGCCCUAUGUCCCUGGCCCAUCUUAUCAUAUUUUCUUUUACUGUUUCUUCCAGUAAUUUAUAUCUAAUGACCUCCUUUGGAUAUUAAUGCCAUAUUGGCCUCUGUCCAACUGUCAGUCUGGGUAGAUUUCCUGUCUCGUCUGUUUUUAAGGAAGGAGAGGCAGGUAAACCAUCUGGCCCAACAGGCUCUUUCCCAAUUUUGGCCUUUUUUAUGGCUUCACAAGCUUCUCUGAUCCAGGUGGGUCUGUUUAGUUUCUAUACUUAUUGUAAAUCUGGCAGUCCGGGGCUGCUGCCCCGGGGCCCGGUGGGCCCGGGAAUUGAGGGACAUCUGGGUUUCGCCCGUCCCCACCACAGACCCGAGAAAGGAGUCAGGCUGUCCCGGGAUUUCCUGCGGGCACUGGCUUCCUUCUGACAAUCUUGCAGCGUGGCUCUUCCUCUGCAAACUGGCAACCUUCGCAGAAGCUGGGCUGCUUCUGCCUCUGGCUCCUUGCCCAGGGUUGCCACCCUCUCCUGCACUGAGCUUAGUGUCAGGUGGGCCAGCAGGGAAGAGGCGGAAACCGCCAGUCCAGAGCCUCGCUCGUUGCCGGAGCUCCAAGCCAGUGGCACCGGCCACCCCCUUCCCCCUCGCAGAAGGGUGCCUUAGAGACAGCCGAAUGCCUCACGUUCCUUGGCGCUCCGUGACUGGCUGCCUCGGGGGCAGGAUGCCCCUGGCGAGGCACCAGCAAGCGGAUCCCCACCUGCCGUGAGCUCGGACGGCCCCAAUUGGGUCCGUGUUCUCCUCCGGGGGGGACUGCAGCUCCCAGGGUGCCUGUGCGGGGAGCUCCGCCCAGGGGCAUCCCAGUCCUCCCCUCGCUGCUCCUCCCCCUGCCGAGGCACGAUGGGGGUGGGCGUGUUUUUCUGCUGCUCCUUCAUCACCUUCAGGCCGGCGCUGGCACUCUGCCUGCUAAAGGCCGGGGACCCUCUGCGUGUCAUUAUCCUGGUGGCAGGGGCUUUCGUUUGGUUGGUCUCCCUUCUCUUGGCUUCCCUAGUCUGGUUCAUUUCUCUUCGCCUGAGUGACCAGGAGGACAAAUGGCUGCAGCAUCGCCUGCUGAUGUUUGGGGCAGUGGUGUCUGUCCUGCUGCAGGAAGCCUGCUUUGCUCACUUCAAGCUCCUCAAGAAAGCAGAUGAAGGGCUUGUGACCAUAAGCGAAGAUGGGCGAUCCCCCGUUUUGACCAAACAAAUGCCCUAUGUGUCCGGCCUCUCCUUUGGCAUUAUCAGCGCCGUCUUCUCCGUCAUUAACAUCCUUGCAGAUUCCAUUGGUCCCAGCACAGUUGGCAUCCAUGGGGAUUCGCCCUAUUACUUCAUCACUUCAGCUUCUCUGACCAUGGCCCUGGUUUUUUUACACAUGUUCUGGGGGACCCUUUUCUUCCAUGCCUGUGAGAAGACGCACUACUGGAAGCUGGCCCUGGUGAUUGUCAGCCACCUGGUGAUAUCUGGACUGACAUUUCUGAACCCAUGCUAUGAAGCAAGCCUCAUUCCCAUCUUCCUCAUCACCAUCUCGACAGGGGUGUGGUCCUUUUUCACAGCUGGUGGUUCACUGCGCAACAUCCUUGCCUGCCUUUCCUGCAGGGAGAAAGGGGAUGGCCACAUUAUAGUGUAUUCUGAGCUGCAACUCCCUGUGGAGGACUGAGUCCCUGCCCAUUGGGUCCUGGUGGUCAGAAGCUUCCUAGGAAAGAUGAGCCCCCCCCCCCCCCAGGACAAUUUCCACACUGCUGAAUGUGGGUCUUCACCUGGGACAAGGGCUCCCCGAGCUGCUCAGAUGGUUGGAGCUCCUGCCUGGCCCUGGGAAGGUAGAAAAGGCUCCUUGGCUUAAAAGAUGGCUUGGAAUGCAGGAAGACUAGCUGUGUGCCUUGUGGCUUGUGGCUGGGAACCCUCUCCUUCCUCCAGCUCUGUUUAUUCUCCUUUGCUUGCCCUGGAAGAUGAACACUCGGCUUCUCCUGGAGAGCUGAGCAAGCCCCAGUCCCUUAUGUUCCCUAGUAGAUUCUGCUGGAGGUUUUGUGGGCUACGGUUAAGUUCCCCGUGUGCCAACAAAAUCCCUUUGUUCUCAGCCUGAACUUUUCCUUCAUCCACUGGGUAAUCCUGUAUAGACACUGGACCUGGUGGGGCGCAAGAGCACCAUCUGCUGGCUAGGAGGUGCCACUGUGUCUAUAUGAACACAAAGGAUCUUUCUUGCUCUGACUUAAUUCUUCUUUUUUAUAAAGUCCCAAUCCUACUUUCUUUCUUUAAUGUUGAGCCCUAAAUCCUUUUAUGAGUUGGUUCAUGGUGCGGUUAAUAAAAAGAGUUCUCUGGUAA